ACGGAGGAGAGGAGGUGAGGGGUGGCGAGGGAGCUGUGCUUGAGCGUUGGCUGAGGGGCCAACGGUCAGCCAAGCAGACAUGCACAGCUCCGCCCCCUUCUGCUACUGGAAGCGGGUGUGUGGUGAGGGAUGUAGGAUCCUUUCUUAAUCUUAUUCAGAAAGUGGCAAAGGUCUGGGGACUCAAAAUCACUGGGGGCUCUGCCCAGGCAUGACUGGGCCAUUACUGGCCCUGACUUCACAAGGAGUAAGUGAGGAAAUUUCAAAGAGCAGGUAUUAUAAAAGAUGCUGUGCCUGGGUUUUUGUCCAUCAUAACUAUAGGAAGCUCUUGGUGGUGGCCUAUAGCAUGUUUCUUGGUUGUGGUCUUUAGAUAUUGGUUUUUUUGAUUUGAGUUUGUUUUGGUUUCUUAUUUUUGGUUUGUUGUUUUGAUUUUUUUUUUUUUUUUUUUUUUGCUUUGUUUUGUUUUUAGCUAGCAUUCUUAGUUGGUGUUCCUGCUUAGGAUGAAUUGUAAGAGUAGUCAGACUAGUGCAGUGUUGCAGGAGCCCUGCUCCUGUGAUGAGAUUCCCUUCACAGACCAUUAUCAGCUCCUAAAGACCAUUGGGCAUGGUGGGUUUGGCCAGGUGAAACUAGCCCGCCAUCUCCUCACUGGGGCAGAGGUGGCAGUAAAAAUCCUGCCAAAGGAGGGGCAGGUGUUUCCAGUCCUCUCUGAACCAGAUAUCAUGAUGACUCUGAGCCACCCACAUGUGAUUCAGCUAUUUCAGGUUAUUGAAACUGUCCAAAAUGCCUACCUCGUGAUGGAGUACGCAAGUGGGGGACAGCUAUCUCACCACAUCCAGGCUGGUGGCAUGCAGGAGGAGGAGGCACGGAGACUGUUCAGGCAGAUCGCAAGGGCUGUGGACUACUGCCAUAAGAAGGGUGUUGUGCACCGAGACCUGAAGGUGGAAAACAUCAUGCUGGAUGCCAGAGGCAACAUCAAACUCAUCGACUUUGGCCUAAGUGCCAGGUUCAUAGCUGGGCUGAAGUUGAACAGGUUCUGGGGCACUCUCGCAUACCUUGCUCCUGAAAUCGCCUUGCGGCAAGAGUAUGAGGGCCCCCCAGUGGAUAUCUGGAGCCUGGGAGUCAUUCUAUAUUUUAUGUUGACAGGGAAAUGCCCAUUUAUGGGGAUCACCACUAAGCACCUGCUGAAGCUGAUCGUGUGCGGAAGGUACCAAAUCCCCCACCACGUUCCUACCUAUGCACAAAACCUCAUCUGUAAACUACUGACUGUGAACCCCAAGCAGCGGCCCACAGUACAGCAAAUCCUGCAGCACCCAUGGCUGAGGCAGAGAGAAUAUUUACCAUAUCAUUAUCAUGACCCACUCCCCAAACACCCAGAUCCUGCAGUAAUGGCAAUCCUGUUUGAUAUGGGCUGUGACCCAUACAAUACCUGGGUGUCUGUGGCCAAUAGAAAGUUUGAUGACGCCAUGGCUACAUACCUGAUACUCCAGCAUCAGAUAAGCCAGGGGGCAAGCUACAAAUUCCAGCUGAAAGCUGUGCAUGUAAAGCCAAGACCUAGCCCACAACUCUUGGAUCCUUCCAAUUUCCCUGGCCUCCCAAAGAGGAGUAUCAGUGAACCUGCCCUUUACAACUUCCUCUUGCCCUCUGAGUACCAGCUGCCUGAGGAGGCCAAGCAGUUAGGGCUGAGAAGCAUCAGAAGGUCCAGCCUGCCUGCCAUUAAUCUCUGCUUUCUGCCUACAUGGACCCCCACUCCUGCCAUAGCCUCCCAGCAUGACUCUGUGUCCCACUUGCCCAGCCCCUUGAGUAUUCUCAGUAGGCUGACUGCAGCAACAGACAGUAGCAGUUCCUUCCAAGACAUCUCCACAGGGCAACCCCAUGACAACAGAAGAGGCCGGAAGACAGUGGCUGGGAGGAUCACCACCUGCUUUCAAUGGCUGUGUUGUUGGAUGCCAUGUGUCAGCAAAAAUGUGGCUCCCAUGGAAAGAGGGCAGAAAUCUCAUAGGUGCAGAAACAGAGUGGCUCCAGGGGGAUGGACAGCUGAGACAGACCAAACCAAUGGACAGCCAGAGGACCCUGUGCUCUCUGGAUCCUGA